GUGCCCGGGCCCUGGCCCCCGUUAUCUGGGUGAUGAUAAUGGUUUUAUCGAUAUAACCCUCAAAGACAAAUGUUACAGAAGGAUAUUGUACCGGUCGAUAAAUGGUUCAUGGAGAUAUUGAUUCUUUCAUACAAUAGAAACUUUCCAUCCUACUCACUUUUGUGAUGCUUACCGACGCGAAUCGUUUGAAAUUAUCCUCGUGUGGCGAUAUUUAUGGGCCAACUAGCACAGGACCACUUCCCCCUCCCUCCGUUCUUGGAGCUUAUAAAAGACCACAUUUCCUACCUAUUGGCUCAUACCAUCUCUUUGAGUGUUUACUUAUACUAGAGUAUAUCUCUGUAGUGUGCAUAUGGCAUCUAGCUCAAUGUCUUCACGCGGGUCGGGUACUUGGACUGCUAAGCAGAACAAGGCCUUUGAGAAGGCGUUGGCGGUGUUUGACAAAGACACACCUGACAGGUGGCAGAAUGUCGCCAAGGCUGUUGGCGGCAAAACUGCCGAGGAAGUGAAGCAGCAUUAUCAAGUCCUUGUGGAGGAUUUGCAGCGCAUCGAAAGUGGCCGAGUUCCUUAUCCAAAUUACCGGACCACUGGCUGAUCAUAUAGAAGGAUGACAAAUCAAAAGCAUAGGUGUGAAUAAGUACCAAUAAUAAAGAUGCAAUGAGCAUGCACGCCAGAUGUAACUGGAAUUUCUUUAUGGAAUUUGAUUUCUGCAUUAAGUGGCAGAAAAUCUCUGGUUUUUAUUUUUUAUUUUUAAUUUCUCUGGUAAUUGUAGGUAAUUGUGUUCCAUUUGCAAUUUCUGUAAUGAAAAUGUUUCUCGUUUUGUGCA